AUGAAGCUGUCGUUAAUUGUAGCGUUAACCAGUUCAGUUCAGGUUUACGAUCAACAGGAACACAUCGAAUUGUGUUGUACCGAUAUUCGGUCGGUUCUCUUCUUCAACAACACAAUGCAUUUCAUUGCAGAGGAAUUUGGAGGCUUGAAAUGGUCAAACGGUGAAGGACACAUUCUGUUUACGGCCGAAAAACGCAUCAAAAUAGCGGAAUAUUUCGAUAGUGGUUUGGAAUGGGAUAAUGAGGAGAAAAUUCUUGGAUCCAACGUUGUGAGUGAGAAUAAUGCAGUCGUUCACAACGAGAUAAUCUCCUCUCGAAUGUUUUAUUUCAUUGAACAAUUGCCUUCUAAUGAAAAUUAA